AUGAGACAUAAUCAAAUCAUAUUUUAAAGACUAGAGAGUUAUCAAGAUUCGAAAAAUUACUUUAUCAUAAAAAUAAAGUAUUCGAAGAGAAGUUAUGUAAGGUUGGUCUGUAUCAAAUAUUGCAGCCGUAGUGCAAAUUUAGUAAAUUAAAUUAUCAGAAAUGAAUCACUUUUGAAGUCCCUAUGUAAAUUAUUAGAAUAUGAUAUACUAGAAAUUAAAAAACAAAUAGCUUUUUUUCUGGCUAAUUCUGCUAUUUAUUCAGACUUAGAUGACUUCCAUCAUCUUGUUAUGUCACAUGAAUUUAUAUACAAAUAUAACCUUUUAAAUUCGAAUGAUAAAACAAUAAUUUAAGUAAGUCUUUUAGAGAUUUUAGAAUUUAUAAAAGAGGUCAUAAUUGCAUAUCAUUUAGUUCAAUAUGAUGGAAAAUUUUAAUUAUCAAAAAAAUUAUUGAAAAGUUCAAUUAGUUUAAAUUCAUUUAUCUAAAGUAUGAGAAAGCUUAUAAAUAUUAGGAAUUUUAUGUCUUGAUCAAGACAUCGAAGAUAUUUGA